AGAACCGUUUCAGAAAGCGGAAGUUCAUGGUGAGAGGAGAGUUGACGGCAGAAGGACAAGCAGAAUAGAAAUUACUUCCUGACGUUUCUCGAUUAAGGUAAUAAUCGUAUUUUUUUGCUGUUAAAUCAGUUGAAUGAGUGGUUUGUUAUAGAGGCCUGUGGUACCUUCGUGUGUGUGUGUUUUCAGACGAAAACAGUGAGUCAGUCUCCUCAAACCUCACGGUUUAAAUCAACAUGGUGAUGCUGAGUGUCUGAAGACUGAUGUUUGCUCAUAGGACUGAAUCAGAGAUUUCAACGGAUCUGUUUCCAUUUAGUUUCUUCUUUUACUCAUAGUAAGAUUCUGGACUUGGUUUUGGGCUGCCAGGAUUAGCUAGUUUCAUCAUUUCUAACAUCUUAUUUUCUGUUCCACUGCUUUGUUUUUGCAGCAUUUAUGAGUUGACGUUAUGACUGCGAUUCUGUGUUUCUCAUUAGCCUUGUUGCUUUUUGAUCAUUGAAAAAUAACUGAGAUUGUAUGAUUGUGAACCUCCUGGAGAAUUGAACAUUUUCACAGCCUUGCCUCAUUAUAUCCUGAUUUAAGCCAGUAUAGUUUGUUAUCUCUGGGUAACUUAGUUAACUUGGAAACACUUUGGAGGAUUUCCAGUGGUACAAUAAGCCAGGCCUCAGAUGGGUGUAAUAAAACUACAGCCUGAUCAGUUUCGGGUUAUUAAAAUUACUCAUGUUCUUUUCAAAACAUCAGGAAAUGUGAAGAGAUGAGUGGUUAUCCACUUCUCCGUGUGCAAUGUCAACUGAUAUUACACUGCAGAUGAUCAUGAUAACAAAAAUAACUGUGUGCUUUGCAAAAUUUGAAAGUGCUGAAAAAACGGCAGUAAAAUUGGUAGAAUGAUGAACAGAUAUAGAUCAAUGAAAAAAUAAAGAAAUGAUUAAACACUUAUAUGAAAAUAUAAUUAACUGUUAGAACAGGUUGAUCAUUAUCAACAAACCCAGAAUAAGAAUCAGCUUUAUUGACCAAAUAUAUGUGCACAUACAAGGAAUUAGAUUCUGCUUAACUUUGCUCUCUAUGUACAAACAUUAAACGUGAAAAAUUACAAAAAUUAAAAUUAUGUACAAGACAUUCAACUGUGUUUGUAUGUACUGAAAUAUCUUUUGAUAUGUCAACAUCAUUUUUGUACAUUGUGGCGCCCCCUGUGGACAAAAUAGUCCUUGCUUAUAUGUUCGUUUACAUGCCUUAGUAGUGUCUUCGAACAAAAAUCCUUUUUGGCUGUCAAAUGUUCCAUUUACGGUGAAUUUUUGUGGGAGAUGUAGACUACAUGGCUUUUCAGCUGAGGCCUAUUCCCUUGCGGUUUGAGCAAUAAAGAAAUUCAGUAAAAAAACCUGAUGGCCUUAUUGCUGAUGAGUUUCUUUGCACUUGUGUGCAUCAAAAUGAAUUUCAGUCUAUUUUAUAAACUUAAAAAAAGUCUUCACAGGAGUUUAAAUUCAGUAUUAUUUAAAGUCUUCCCCUUUGGAGUCCAAGCGCCUGAUUAAACCAUGAUAUGCAGACUAGUUGAGCAUUUAUUUAAGACAAAGCAGAACCUAGAAAAACACAGUUUCACCCUCCAAAAUUGAAGCCAGAGAAAGAACAGUUGAAACUUUGGUCACUAAUCAGAAAGAGAUUUGUUAAUUCAUGUCAAUUAAUCAUCUAAUCUGAGCUCCUGACUCCUUCUCCUGUUCCUGCAGAUGGGCGAAAUCCAGUGAGAUCGCCAUCCAGCUGUGACACCAUGACAUCCAGUCACUGCUCGUUGUUUCCAGAAGUUUCACCAAACCAGAAUCUAUUAGAUCAUGUUGCCUGCAGGUCUGAGCCAGGCUUUGAGUCCACCUGUGGGUAUUUUGAUGAGCCUCCUCUUCCGGGAAAAAUCAUGGAGGAGAGCAGUGAGGCAACUCAGUGUUGCACGCAGAUGAAGACAAAGAUGGAUUCUCAGCUCAGACUCGACGCAAACGCCAAACUAUGGUAUAUCCUAGAUAUGUUGAAAAUAUGUUUCAAACAAAGGCCUUUUGUUCGUUUUUCCAGAGUUAACCUGUGUGUAAAAAUGGCAGCUGGUAGGAGCUGAAUUUUCUGUAUGGUGACUGAAAAAAGGGCUAUCUCUGGCCCUGUAUCUCAGUUUUCUAAAAUGUUCUCUCUUGGGUCCUUGGUUCAACCAGGACUACUUACAGACCUGACAUUAUAAGUAGCACCCUAUGGCUCUUAUCGUGGCUCAGAGGAGAGAGGAUCAAGGAGAGAGGAGGGUAAUCAGAGGAGAAAUAACCAGGAAUGCACAAGUAGCCUUCAAGUCUAACUGACAGACAAGCACACCCAGUGACAAUUACCAGCCACUGACUGGACGCUGCAGUGCACAAGGCUCCACAGAAACUUCACAACAUUAUUAGAUGUUAGUUUUGAAACAGCCAGUAUGUGAUGAGCUGGAAUGAAAAAAAGUUUCUUUUUCUCGGUCCAUCCCUCCCUCUCUUUGUUUCUCUGUGCAUCUCCGGUGGGAGGGACUAAGACACAAGGGAAAGAUGCAGGUGAGGGAACGAGGAUGCUACUUAAGAGAACUGAGACGUAGCCUCUGAUGCUCUUCAUCAAACAGAGCAUCAGAGUGUCUUAAAUCUUUAAUCUGGUUCGAACUGUAAGGUGACAAACAGGGUUGAACAGACCAAAGGAACAAAACAGCGACAUUCAUCGCUCCUCUCUUCUCUGUUUUUGGGUUAAACAUUUGUUAUAAAGGCAAGUGAACAGCUAAUCAGUCACAUAUUAAAAAUCCACACAGUAAUUGAAGUCUCCUUUCUGUCUCUCCUUCUCUCCAGCUCCAUGUCAGAGACCUCCAUGUGUCGCAUCUGUCAUGAAGGGGGGUCUCAGGAAGAGCUGCUGUCCCCGUGUGAGUGCUCAGGGUCUCUGUCCUCUGUCCAUCGCAGCUGUCUGGAGCGCUGGCUGUCUGCUUCAGGGACCAGCUUCUGUGAGCUCUGCCAGUUCCAGUUCACAGUGCAGAGGAGGUCCAGGUCUCUGCUCGAGGUACGAGGGGCUGCAGACUGAGAUUUAUGACGUCCUGUUAGACUCAACUCCUGACGCUGCUUUCCUUCCUGUUUCAGUGGUUACAGAACCAGUCUCUGCGUCAGGAGAAGAGGACUUUGUUAGGAGACCUGGUGUGUUUCCUCCUCAUCACUCCUCUGGCAUCCGUCUCCGGUUGGCUCUGCCUCAGAGGAGCCAUUGAUCAUCUUCACUUUUCCAGCCGACUGGAGGCCAUGGGGCUCAUUGCUCUCACCGUGGCCCUCUUUACCAUCUACCUCUUCUGGACCCUGGUCAGUGAGCUGGAUUUCUUCUGUACAUUAUUUCAGUUUAUAUAGGUCAUCUAAGCCUCUCUUUAGCAUGCACAGGUGUCAUGUGAUCCAUACAACCUGCGCUGGGAUAAAAUGGGGCAAAAGUUUGUUCAUGCUGUUUAUUUUUAAAAUAUUCCUUCAGGAAUGAGGGCUGAUGAGUUCUCUCUAUCGCUGCGGUUAUCGACUAUCUGAGUAAUUGAUUACUCUUGAGAUAAAUCGAGAAAAUAAAUAAGAAUUUUUAUAUUUAACAUUUUUGGCCAUUACUGCUGUAACAAUUUAACUUUCCCUAUCUUUGCAAAAAGUUAUAUAUUAGUUUGAGUCAUUAUAAGACCUAAUACAUGACAGUUAAAGUGUCUUAGACUAGCACAUUUACUUAAAAGAUAUUAUUUUACUAAUGUUACUCAGGAAUUUCAUAUCUAAACAGCACUUUCAUGAUGGUUGUUAAGGUAGAAAGUAAAGACAGUAGUUAGUAAAGACAAGAGAUUGUAGUUGAUGUAAUUGUUAGUUAAUUAUCUGUUAGUUUAAGCAGUAAGUUGGAUCCUGGUCUUGUAACACUAUAAGACAGGUAAUUUCAGAUGAACCCAUCCUUCUGUCUCCUCCAGGUGUCUCUCAGGUAUCACUGUCGCCUCUAUAACGAGUGGAGAGUGUCCAAUCAGAGAGUGAUCGUCCUGCUGCCCCGCCCACACAGCAAGAUUUCAGCACUUCACUCCCUACAGUCCUCACUGAGAGAGAAACAGCUAUCCAAAGAGUCCAUCGUCUGAGCCCAAGUCCAAGUCCAGGUCUCGGCUGGAUGGGUAGACUCUGUCCGUCUCCUGAUCUCUCUGCACUUUAAAACUCCACUCUGACUGAUUCAGGGACAAAAAGCUCUUACUGGACUGACUCACACACACACACACACGCAUGCACACAAGCACACACACACAGUCAGCUGACGGAGUGACCACGUUGACUCAGGAUGAAGGAGAAACUGUCGACCAAACUCUGGUAAGCACUGUGAUAGAAAGAAGGUGCAACAUGAAAACUUUGCUGAUGUCUAAACAUCUAGUUUGACUUUUUAAACCUUUGUGAAAAUGUGAGGAAGCAGAUGUUAAAAAAACUUAAGCAUUCCUUAAAGGGAAGAAUUCCAGUAUUGGUAAACCUGGGGGUUCACCUCAUAAAAGCUAAAAGUCUUUGGAUUUUUCUUCUUCAUCCUGCAGCAAGAAAACAGGCUGCAACAUAAUCCUUCAACUGUCAAAAAAGUGUCCGCUAAAUGCCAUUGUUUUGGUCCCUGAGAGGCUCGGAUUGUUAUUCUCAGAGUCCAACAGCAAGUUGAACAGAGAGUCCAUGCAAAGAGCGAGCUUUAUGUGAAAGAGGAACCACAAACUGUUACAUCACUCUUAAAAAAAGCACCAAACUCCAUUGAUAAAUACAGAAAAUUUACUUCACAGCACAUAGAAGAGUUAUUGAUCAAAGUGCUUCUUGGAUCUGUGUGUGCCUUAGUGUUACUGUGUGCACAGAAACAUUGUACUGCAUUUGAACUAACUGUCCAAGUGACUGAUGCAGAGGCAGACAGGCAACCACCAUGAUCAGCAAGAUAAAGUGGCUGUUUUUGUAAAUUAUGUUUGAUGGCUUUUAGAGCGACCAAUAUAAAAGCUGUUUCUGGCAGCAAAACAAGGAUUUUAUUCCGAUUGUUCUCUGGAAAAAAUUAAAGCUCCUGUGAGGAACUUUUAGUUUGCAUAAGUUUUGGUGCCCCCUGUGGACAAAGCAGUCUUUUCUGGUUUUGUGCUCUACGUACUUCAGUAGUGUCAUCUUUUUAAAAAAAUCUUGAUCCUACCAUUUUUGUGAAUAUUAAUGUUAGAAAUGUAAAAGCAGGGCUGUUGCUUCCCCCCUCGCGCUGCUUCCAGGGGGUUAAAAUUACUCUUGAAACAACGGAGAUCUUAUUGCUGUGGGUUUUGUUUGCUUCUGCGCAUCAUGAAAAAAACAUCUGUAUGAGUUUCAGUCAAUUUUUUUUAAUGUAAAAAAAAAAUUCCUCACAGGAGCUUUAUGAGCAGUUAACAACUACUUGUUUAAAAUAACUCAUAUUUCCCCUGAAUCCUGUAUAAUCCACAGCAACAUAACAGAUAUACUCAUAAAAUUAAUCUCUGCAGACAUAAAGUCGUACAGAGCGAGGAUCAAACCGUGGAAUUUCUGCAACAAACUUACCACCCUGAGAGUUGAAUAUAAAACCAGCUACUUGAUUUUUUUAUUGAUACCAGAAAGAAAGACGUGUUUUUAAGUAAAUUCUCAAGAACAGAUAACUCAACCCUCGAUCUGAUAACAUUUUAUGAUUUAACCACUAAAAGCCUUGUAAAGACAGUUCAUACAGACAAAACCUUUUUGCAAGACUCUUGGGUAAACAGUCCGAGCCUGUCAGUGACAGAAACUAAAGCUCUUAUCAGGCGGAUUUUGAUCUGAUUCUCAGACUCCAAAGUUAUGAUGCUGCGUGACAGCAACCAACUGAGAUAAUCUACCACAGCAUUUCUGAAACCUUUGAAACCUGUCAGUCUGUAUUUUUAAACCUGGGCACUAUUCUUUUGAUGUUUUGGUUUGUAGAGGAAUAUUCCUCUACAUCUGAUCAUGCAGUUAAAAAUACCAAACAGAAGGAGCUGUAAAUGUUUCUGGUGUAAAAAUGUACAAAAGUUUGACUUUCAAUCUGAUCCGUGCAGGUUCUGUGUUUUCACACCCCGCAUAAAAAGUCAUGUUGACAUAAUUGGAUUAACGUGUUUAUCUUUUAACUAGUGUUCAUCAUAAAGAAAAAAAUGGUAUCUCUGUAUCUGUCCUUCUCAACCACAGCAGAGCAACUACUCAGGAGUAAAUUUACCUAAAAAGUACAAAUCUAGUGCUUUAGUUUAAAUGGCAUCCAUGUAAGAGCAAAAGUUAAUCCAGUGAAGUCAACAUGUCUCCUUGUGCGGGGUUCAUUUUACAGCUGUCUCUCUGCUCAGGUCCAUACUGACAGAUUCAUGUCUGUUCAGAAUUCAUGGACAGUUUCAGCACUUUUGAUUAACUUUUAAAGAAAUUUGAUAAGGAAACAUUUAUGCCAAAGAGUAUUUGUAUUUAAAACCUUUUGUUUGUUCAUUGUGUGUGAUAAUGUACCAAAAUAAAGUGUUCAUAAUAAAAUUGAUUUAUUUGUUAAA